CUGACAUUCAUUCAUUUAGUUGAGUUCUGUUUGGCAUGUCGUCCGGGUGGUGUUUUUAUCGUAAUUUUUUACUAACGCAUAAAAAGUAGAGAAUUGUGGGGCGCGCUUCUGUUUUAUCAUUUCUACAGUAUUUUUAAUAAUUGGUUUUGCUCCUAUUAUGUUGGAAUAUACCGCGGAGUGUAAAGAGUAACUUCUUCAUAAAAUAUAGUCGAGAAAGUGCAUACCUACGCUACUGAAAAUCGGAUUCGGGUGGUGGCUGUGGUGACGGAAGCAGAAGUAAUAGCAAUAGCAAAAUCCGAAAAAGUAGACAAGUAAAGAGAAUAAGAAAAACCCAAAAAAAGGGGAACGGCAAACUGGUCAAGUGCAAAAGCGUUGUUGCUGGCCUGCCGCCUUGGAGUAGCACUUGGCAAGUGUGCGUCUUCACCCAUCAGCUAGAGGUAGUGCAUUGGAAUCGAAUGUGAAUGUUGCGGGACGAGCUACGACACAAAAAUGCUGCUAUAGUGCAACAAACCUAUGCAAAAACUAGUGGAUUGUCCCCUAGAAUACCGAAAACAAUUUAUUUCGGAUUAACCAUAAAUCAACUGUGCUUUUCGUUAAAGUCAAUCGUGUUUAGAAGAGGUUUUGUUUCAUGUAUGGUUGUGGUUCUUAUAAAACUAAUAAUCCUUCCUCUUAUUGCAAGGGACCAACUAGCGAAAGUUCAAAGUGAAAAAAAAAAUAAAUUAUAUAUUUAUUAAAUAAAUUGCAAGUGGAAAAUAGUGUUAAUCGGGCUGGUGUAUUACAGUUUUUUAAAAAAUCCAUAAUUGUUUUUGUCGCAACUUAUGCGAAAAUAUUCGUCAUGUUCAAGUGCAUUCCAAUAUUCAAGGGCUGUAAUCGCCAAGUUGAAUUUGUUGAUAAGCGACAUUGUUCGCUGCCGAGUGUUCCAGAAGAAAUUCUACGUUAUUCACGUACACUGGAGGAGCUAUUCUUAGAUGCGAAUCAUAUUCGGGACUUGCCAAAGAACUUCUUCAGACUUCAUCGUUUACGAAAAUUGGGUCUAAGUGAUAAUGAGAUAGCUCGAUUACCUCCAGAUAUUCAGAAUUUCGAGAACUUAGUAGAACUAGAUGUUUCACGAAAUGAUAUUCCAGACAUUCCUGAUGACAUCAAACACCUGCAAAGCCUUCAGGUUGCUGAUUUCAGCUCAAAUCCGAUUCCAAAACUACCUGCAGGAUUUUCUCAACUAAAAAAUUUAACAGUUUUAGGUUUAAAUGAUAUGUCACUUACCACAUUGCCAGUUGAUUUUGGAUGCUUAACACAAUUAGAAUCCUUGGAGUUGCGUGAGAAUUUAUUAAAACAUUUGCCUGAAUCGAUCCGCCAACUCACCAAGCUCAAAAGAUUAGACUUGGGCGACAAUGAAAUAGAAGAACUGCCACCGUACUUGGGCUACUUACCCGGCUUACAUGAGCUCUGGCUAGAUCACAACCAGUUAGAAAGGCUGCCACCUGAAAUUGGAUUACUAACUAACUUAACAUAUCUCGAUGUUUCCGAAAAUCGACUCGAAAAGCUACCAAAUGAAAUCGGUGGCCUGAUAAAUUUAACUGACUUGGAUCUAGCACAAAACUUACUUGAAUCCCUGCCCGAUGGGAUUGCCAAAUUAAGUAGACUGACUAUUUUAAAACUGGAUCAGAAUCGUCUCCAAAAGUUAAAUCCCACUAUAGGAUGUUGUGAAAAUAUGCAAGAGCUGAUAUUGACCGAAAAUUUCUUAUCGGAAUUGCCUGUAUCGAUCGGUCAAAUGACGAAAUUAAGCAAUCUAAAUGUCGAUCGCAACGCGCUGGAAUACCUACCCGCCGAGAUAGGGAAUUGUGCAAAUUUGGGCGUUUUGAGUUUGCGUGAUAACAAACUAAAGAAACUGCCGCCAGAGUUGGGAAAUUGUUCGGUGUUACAUGUGCUGGACGUAUCAGGCAAUCAGCUGCAGUACCUGCCAUACACGUUGGUGAAUUUGCAGCUGAAAGCUGUUUGGUUAUCUGAAAAUCAGGCACAGCCUCUGCUGACGUUCCAGCCAGACACAGAUGAAGCAACAGGUGAACAGGUACUGACAUGCUUCCUACUGCCACAACAAGAAUAUCAACCUAUUACACCAGAUUACCCACCGUGCCAACUCUAUAGAUCGAGCGAAAAAUUCGAUUCUUCGGAAUUCCACGUCUAUCAACAAAAAGCUCGCGAGCUUGAAACUGAUUCGGAUGGCUGGGAAGAGCGAGAAGCCUCAAGAACACAUUCCGUAAAAUUUUCUGAGGAAUCAACGCAGGAGAAGGACACACCGUUUGUCAGGCAAAAUACACCACACCCCAAGGAGCUGAAAGCAAAGGCACACAAACUAUUUGCAAAAGAUCGUAGCAGAGUUGAUGACGCCAACUUAGAUACAGUUUCUGAAGAAACAUCAUCAAAGUUCGUUGUUAGCAACGCCGCAAGAAUCGGUCCUAAUUCCACCAUAGUAGAGGACGUAGCAGAAGCAAAACCCAUCUAUGAUAAUCAUCAGCAGCAGCCUAUCUCACCACAAACCCCAACAGCAGCGGUAUCAUUCGCGCAACAGCCUGUUCUUGCUCAGGCAGCCGGCCAACAGCAAGACCCGAAUGGAAAUUCCGCAACAGCCCACGAACCGAUUGCAAGCGUAGCACCCGAGCAUGGCAAUGCCGCUGUAGUGGUGACUUCAGCGAUUGUAACAGCGGCAACAGCAACGAGUGGCACUGCCGAUGAAGAAGAAGACUUUGAUGAAUCAGAAAGACGUGUUGGCUUUCAAGUAGAGGGGGAGGAUGACGAUUUCUACAAACGUCCAAUGAAGUUGCACAGACGUGAUACUCCACACCACUUGAAAAAUAAACGUGUGCAGCAUAAUCUCACCGACAAAAAAGCGAGUGAAAUUCUCGCUAAUGCUUUAAAUCAAGAAAAGAAAAUAGCACAAUUGCCUACGGUUCAAUCACCAAUACAGGAAAAUGUGGCUGCCGAGCAAAGUGAACAACAAUUGCAACAACAGCAACAACCCUUUGCAGCACCAAUUUCACCCAUUCCUCCACCAACAGUGCCGGCCCCAAUCGCAGCGGGACAAAUACCAGAUGAUGCGGUUGAUGGCCUGACUGAGCUGCGUCUCGAACAGUACGAAAUUCAUAUCGAACGCACCACCGCCGGUCUUGGCUUGAGCAUAGCAGGCGGCAGGGGCUCAACUCCCUUCAAAGGCGACGAUGAGGGAAUUUUCAUAUCACGUGUGACGGAAGGUGGGCCAGCGGAUUUGGCUGGUUUGAAAGUUGGCGAUAAAGUACUAAAAGUGAAUGGUAUUUUUGUGGUCGACGCCGAUCAUUAUCAGGCUGUGCAAGUGCUGAAAGCAUGUGGAGCGGUGUUGGUUUUGCUGGUGGAACGUGAGGUGACCCGCCUCAUAGGGCAUCCAGUGUUUACCGAAGAUGGCUCCGUGUCACAGAUAUCUGUGGAAAAUCGGGCGUUGGCGGGGCAACAACAACAGUUCACACAACAACAUGAAAAAUUCAUUCCGGCACCAAUUGAAAUUAUUCCAGAACAGCAACAGCACCAACAAAAGCAAUCUGCUGCAAACUUGAACAGUUAUCAAGCAAAUGUAUUUACAACGCCGUCAGCAAAUGCGGUAAAUUUAUCACAGCAAGAGCAGCAGCAGCUACAACCACAACAUGUUGGGGUGGCAACAACAAAUGGCGUUUUGGAAAAUGGCAAGUUGCCGCAGGAUGCCCCUUUGAGCUACCUUCAACUGCACACGACCUUAAUUCGUGAUCAAAUCGGUCAGGGUCUGGGAUUCAGCAUUGCUGGUGGGAAAGGGUCGCCCCCAUUUAAGGAUGGCUGUGAUGGAAUUUUCAUUUCACGCAUAACUGAAGGCGGUUUGGCGCAUCGUGACGGCAAAAUAAUGGUUGGCGACCGUGUGAUGGCUAUUAAUGGUAAUGACAUGACGAGCGCAUGUCACGAUGCAGCGGUGCAAUGCCUCACUGAACCGCAGCGGUUUGUGCGCUUAGUGUUACAGCGGGAGUACCGAGGACCCUUAGAGGCGCCUUUAAGCCCACGAAGUCCAGCUGUUUUGAAUUCACUUAGUCCCUCGGGAUAUCUCGCAAAUCGCCCAGCCAACUUUAAUCGUUCUAUUGGAGACAUAAUAACAGAGCAAGCUCAAACUAAUUUGCAACAGACAUCUGCACCAGCAUUGGCACAACAACAGCCAGCCCAACAACUUUUUAACUAUAACACCCAACCAUCAUCGUAUGGGAUAAACAAAAAUUUUACAGCAACCAACGUAGCAGCAGAAACAAUACCAACAGCAACUGUUAGUGGUAAUAUUGCCCCGAAAACCAACGGUUUUACGACCGCGGCAACAACUGCGUCGAAUCAACAACUCCCACAACAGCAAAUCGAUAAGAUUACGGGACAACCCGUUCCAGCUCCAAGACGUGCCAACUCUAUUCCUUUGGGAGACGCGGUAGAAGAAACUAUGCCAGCCAACGGUGAUGCCGCGCCACAUUCAACUACACCGACAAAACAGGCAACCACCCCAGCUAUAGAUGCUUCUUCAGAAACACAGAUGCCGCCACUCCGUCCGCUGACAAGUGAAGAUUUCCAAGCGAUGAUACCUGCGCAUUUCCUAAGCGGUGGCAGUCAACAUCAGGUUAAUGUGGCGUGUGGCAACGAAGUGGGCGUUGGGCCCUCGGUCACCGUAACGGUGAACAAAGCUGUUCCAGAUCUGCCCAUGUUCCCCGCCGCGCCCACAGAGCUGGGUCGCAUUACUGAAACGAUCACAAAAUCCACAUUUACGGAAACCGUAAUGACGAGAGUCACCGAUAACCAUUUAGCGGAGCCAUUGAUCAGUGAGGAAGUUAUCUUACCCAAGAAUCAAGGAUCGCUUGGCUUCAGUAUUAUUGGUGGUACGGAUCAUUCGUGCGUGCCGUUUGGAUCACAUGAGCCUGGAAUAUUUAUUUCGCAUGUUGUGCCUGAUGGCAUUGCACACAAAUGUGGGCAACUGCGAAUGGGAGACCGGAUUUUGAAGGUGAAUGACGUUGAUAUCUCGCGCGCAACCCACCAAGAGGCUGUAAUGGAGCUCCUGAAGCCUGGUGACGAUAUAAAGCUAACAGUUCAACACGAGCCAUUACCCCCGGGAUUUCAGGAAAUCGUCAUUAUUAAAGCUGAAGGCGAACGGCUGGGAAUGCACAUUAAGGGCGGUCUUAAUGGCCAACGUGGCAAUCCAGUUGAUCCCACCGAUGAGGGCGUUUUUGUGUCAAAAAUUAAUUCAGUCGGUGCAGCAAGGCGUGACGGAAGGCUGAAGGUUGGCAUGCGAUUACUGGAAGUCAAUGGGAAUUCACUGUUGGGAGCCUCGCAUCAGGAUGCCGUGAACAUUCUGCGUAAUGCUGGCAACGAAAUUCAUAUGAUCGUGUGUAAAGGCUACGACAAAUCCAAUUUAAUUCAUUCCAUUGGUGCAGCCGGGGGUAUGAGCACUGGCUUCCCCGCGCCAAGCAGUCGGCAUGGUUCCCGUGCUUCUGAAACAGGUUCUGAACUGAGCCAAAGUCAGAGUAUGUCCAGCUUGGAUAGGGACGAAGAUGAGCGCAUACGACAAGAUUUUGAAGUUUUUGCACCGAAAACCGAGACGAAUAACGAACCAUCAGUAUUAGCAUCUGUGGCGGCAUUGGCCCACUCGCCCACCAUUCCGCCGAGUGUAUGCUUUUUGUCGCAGCAGAAUGUAGCUGAAAGCGAUACAUCAAAAAGUGGCGUUCCGCAGUCAUCACAAACUCCUCAAGAUGCGAUUACCACUUUAACCAAUGCCGACAAAACGUUGGCACAACCAAAGGAAAAGAGCACUCCGGAAAAGGUACUUGAAAUCGUGCGUGCCGCUGAUGCAUUCACUUCAGUUCCACCAAAGUCUCCAGCAGAGCAUCAUGAUCAAGAUAAAAUUCAGAAGACCACAACGGUUGUCAUUUCGAAACACACACUCGAUACGAAUCCUGCGACUGUGGGAGCUCCCUCACCGCCACAAGCAACCGGCACUACUACGACGACGACGACCACCACGACAACACCACCAGUUUCACCAGCACUGGUAUCGGCAGCUUCUACAAGUGGCAAAAGAGCGGCCACCGCACCACCUCAGGAUGUUGAACAGCCACAACAGCAACAGAGGCGUAUUCCAACUCCACCCAUACAGAGGGCAAGAACCGUAACGAAACGUCAGGACUCCUCUUAUAAAAACAAAGAGAUCGUAAAAAGUGAGUCAGCUCAGCGUGAGGAUGAGCGCACUCUUUUGUCACUUAAAUUAAAGAAAGCUGAACCUGUCUAUAUAAUUGACGAUGAAGACGAAGGAGAGGGCGAGGGCGAGGGGGGUCAUGGCGAAGAUCAGUUUGAAUAUUCUAAAGAUGAAUAUGAUUAUGACGAUGUAAACGAUACGUUUUCUCCGAAUACCUCAGCUGACCAGGGUGACACAGAUUCGGACUACUUUGAGCGGCCACGACCUUCACCACGUUACACCAGCGAUUCUGAAAAUGACUACCGUCCUUAUCGCCCCAGCCGCGAAGGUUUAGACUACAUUUCCGGUCGUAGUACACCAGACCUGACAAGUUCUACGUACGGUGGGCACCGAAAAUCUGUAAGUUUCGAUCUAAGUGGGGAUGAACGGUCCAAAUCCGACUACGAACGCUCACGUACUCCCGAUGGUUAUUCACGUUAUUACGAUUCGGAACAAGAAUAUGGUAGUUCACGUGUCCGCAUGCCGCGGAAAGGCAUAUUGCGCUCGGCGAGUCCAUCGUCGUCCAACAAUUCGACACUAGAGCGCAGCAGGCGCCCCGAAAAACUGCCUCCGAUAUUGCCCACAGUGGCGCGUAUCAAAGAAAUAGACUCGCCCACACUUCAACACGUUCGCUCGUCUUCUCCUUUAACUGGUGGGGAAUCAAAAAGUAGCGGCUAUCGAAGUCCACCACCGCAGCCUGAAAGAGUGCCGGUGUAUACUGAAAUCGAACGAGAUAAUCCUUUCCGUGAAGCAUUCCUCGAUAAAUCUAAGACUGAUGAGUACACUGAGUUGGCUCAAGCCAUGUCUAAAUCACCUUCAGCUCUUAAAUCUCCACGUGAACAAUUCUUCUUUGGCUCGAAGUCAACAGAAAAUUUGUUGUCAUCCGAGCGUUCACCUUCAAGUGGACGCAGUACUCCUAGUACUGUGGUUAGCGCACAUUCAAAAUCCACUGAGGAUCUUAUAUCAAAUUCAACGGGUGCCAAACCAAAGAGGAUACCACCUCCUAUAAUGCCGAAGCCAAAAACGAAAAAAGCUGAGCUAGUUCAUAAUGUGGCGCUGGAUGCUUUCCAAAAAGCCGAUGUUGGUCACGGCGAUUUUACGGUUUUCGAACAUGAUCCCACCACAAACACAAUUCAUGAAGUGAGAUCGCCACCACCUCCGACAACGCCAACGGUUCCAUUAACACCAACUAGUGGCAACAUAGCAAAGCUUCCAGUGCGUAUAAAAACUCCACGCAGCCCGUCGCGUCCUCGCGAAAGCCCGCCUCCCCCACCCAUCAAUUAUGCUACAAUGCCAAAGCCAACUUCGCCAGGUGUAAAAGUGAAAAGUAGUGAGGAAGCGUUUUACGUAGAGGUCUUACCACCUCUUCAACCACCACCUGAUGACGAAUUACCACCUUCACAGCGCCGCCCCUCGGAGUUCAUACAUGAAAAUUCGCCCGAUCACAUUCUGGUUACUGAAGAAGAGCACCGUACAAUCAUGUUGCAUGAGAAUGAAAUUCGCAAUCAGUUACGUAACGUGGGUAAAAAGUCGCAAAUCCCAGAGUUGGGUGCACCACACGAAGAUGCGCCGCCAGUUCCACAUUAUGCAAGCAUCAAACACUCGCCACCUUCACCGGAUCACAUCAAAACAACAAAAGUGCCUAAAUCGGUUUCCGAUAAAAAGCGGUUCUUUGAAUCGGCUAUGGAAGAUCAACACAAACCAUCACAAAAGACAGAAAAAGUUUUUUCAUUCCUGUCAAAGGAUGAAGUUGAGAAGUUAAAGCAAGAAGAAGAAAAGAAAAUUGCAACGCUUCGUCGUGAUAAGAAAUCGCGAUUAUUGGAUGGCUCCUCCGCGAAUGACAACGAUGAGAAUGAUACUUCCCUCGGCUCUUCUUCUGCCCCCGUUGCUACAACCAUCGCUGGUGAACACCAAAACCUGCAUUCCGAUGAUGAGAAUUAUGAGGUGGAUUACAAUUAUGAGGACGAAAGGCAUCUUAUAGUUCACCAUCGUAACGUACUUCGGGAUACUAUCGCCGAGUGUGACAAUUGUGUUGCGGAUGAAAAGAGGAUCGAAUCACCGUCACCACCAUUAUCUCAGCUUCAGAAACAGCGGUUACGGAUCCGAAAGCAAGAUGCAGAACCGCAAACGCCGACAAGUAAAUACGAAAAAUCGAAAAAGACGAAAGCGAAGGCAAAGGAGAAUGUAGCAAAUCAGGGCAAGUCUCCCACAGACGACAAAUUUCCCAUAGAGCGUAGCGAUGAACGAGUGGUACCUCCUUCAGUACCUCCUCACACAAACCCACCACAACAAAAAGCGUCACAAAUAACUUCCGAAUGGACAAUUCAACAGCCACACUUGGCUACAUUCAAAUCACCGGCACUUGUUAAGUCCUUGACUGAUCCACGUACUAAAAUCACAAGUACAACAAUAGUGCAAGCACCCAAAACUAAAGUAGAAUCUGCACUUACAUCACCAACAUCAACAACGGCACCAGACCCCGCACCACGUACCGUAGCUCAGAAACUAAGAAGCACUGUAGCGCAAUUUAUGGACGCUGAACGUCAGCAGCACAUAGAGGUCACCAGCGAUUUCAAUGAUGCUGAAGAUACGGCGAGUAGCAUUGAGAGUGUGAUUUCUACUGCACCAACGUUGCGUACGUCCAAGGAGACCAAGGAGAAACCGUCGCUUCUACCGAAGCCAAGAGUUAAAGUUGUUAUACCACCUGCAUUGCUACUGCACCAGCAACAGCAACAGCAAUGCCAACAACAACCGCAGCAAGAAGAACAACACGAAUUAUCACUAUCUACACCUUCCAGUCGCAUUCCUGUUCGCACGGCAAAUGCUGAAAGGCGAGUACUGAAGGCAGCUGCUGCGGCGGAGGGAAUAGCGGCUCAAGUUGGGGUUGUCGGUGUUGAAAAUGUUGUUAUUGCUAUGGGGGAUCGCUCACCUAAUGUAAUUCAACGCGAGCAGUCUCCAACAAAUAUGAGGCAGAGCAAAGCAGUGAUUAAUGCUGAGAAACGAGCGUCCUGGCGUGCUGCUCGCUUGCGCUCCCUGGAACAAGGUGCCCAGGAGGCUCAAGACGUCAUCAAAAAUAUGAACAAAAUUGCUGAUGAUCUACUUGUUGCACCUGUUGAGCAGGUUAAAAAAAUUGUUUUCCCAAAAAUCGCUAUAAAAUCAAGCGAUGGUCCCGUUAUAAUACGCGAACGUGAAAAGAUACUAGAUGAAAAAAUUGUGCGGCGAACCGAAGAGGUACCAUGUCCUCUCACAGGACGACCUCAACUGCGAACUGUUGAAUACAUUGAGAAAAUCAUCGAAACUGAGGUGGAAACUUGCCAGGAGAAGAUAAUCUCAUUAGAGUUGCAAGAUCCAGAAAGUGACGAUGACGAUGGAAGCGAUAGCAGAAAUGUUAAAAGCAGCAGUCCGCUUACAUCAUCAACUUACGGAGCAAGUGCCAAAGACGCAAAAACAGUGGCGGCAGCAGCAACACAAGCAAUUGUUGUAGUUGCCGAUGAGACGUUAGAGGAUGAAGAGCCACCAGAGCUGUUAAGGGAAACAAUGUUGCUGGACACGGUCGACGAGUAUGACGACGAUAAAGACGGUGACAAGGUAGAUAAAGCAAAUGAUGAUAAUGGUGAUGAUGACGAUUACGACGAAGAGGAAGAUGCCGCCUCCAUAGUGACCGUUCAUGCAAAUAAUGAAAAACUAUUUCUACGCACCGAUGACGAAUUCGCAACUUUUGAUGAUUUCGACGGCUCUGGCAAGUUCAGUACCGCAUCCAUUGAUAGCAUGGCGUCUGCAUCGAAGUUGCGAAUACAGCCUAUGCCAAUAAAAAUACAUCAGACAUUGGCUAAGGAAGUUGUUGUAACAGCCCCGAUGAUCCCGGCAGAUAGAACUCUCACAUCGACACAUUCUUCAUCUCCAACAAAGAGUGAAACCACAACACACACUAUUGUGGAGGUGGUAAAUCCGCUGAUAACCGGAGAAGGACAGGUACAAAGCAUUGUGGUGGGUAAGACAAUCGAAUACGAAUAUCCAAUUUUCGACAACGAAACGCAGGCAAGACUGCGGCCAAAGGGAGUUGAGAUUCAGCAAGCGGCUUGCAUUGAAGAUGAACACGAUAAUGACUCUGAGACUGAACAAUUGGCUGCUGCUUCAGCGGGAGUGCUCCGUAGUGAUACGUUUGUUUUACCUACACAGGAAAAACAAAAAAAUUUACAGUUGCUACACCAGCCGCCACAGGAACUUUCACUGAAUGCGAAAAUGAAAAACGUGUUGGUGGAGCUAUUAGAGAAUGAACGUGUUAAAUUGAAUUUACAGAAAAGUCUUGAAGAAGAUGAUGAUGAGCAGCAAGAGAUGGCCUACGGCGAUUCUGAUAAGGAUGAAGACGACGAGGUCGAUUAUGCGGUAGCGCGUGGUACAGUGAUCAGAGGCGGUACGCGUUUGGCACCAAGAGGCGUGGGUGAUAAUAAUGGAAAUGAGCGCCUACUGGAGGAACUAAUAAAAGACAGUAAUAGGAACACAAUUGAAAAAUUGGCUGGAGGCUUAGACGACGAUGAAAGCGAUGCGGAUGAGGAUGAUGAUGACGAGGAGGAGGAAGAAGAUUCCUUAGAUUCGAGUGAUUCGGAUGACGAUGCUGAAGCAGAAGAUGAUGAAGAGGCUGUAAAUGUAACACUGGUCGACGGGUGUCAAGUUAUUGAAAAUCGCAACACGGAAGCCCCGCUGAAAUUGCAAAAAUCUCAAACUUAUACUACCAUUAAGGAGGCAGAGAAUGUGUUAGAUAAAUCUACUACCGAGGCCACUGCCGAACUAAAAUAUGUAGACAAGGACAUCGAGCAUACGGUCGAAAAACUGCAAGCAGAACAACGCAAGCUUGAAGAGAUCACAAAACAACUGCGCAAAUCUGUUGAGAAUCUUCUGGCCGAUGACGACGCAAUGGCAGGAGCAGUAUGCCUGGAAAACGAAGAGGGAUGUGGUGCAUCCACCGAAAGUCCCAAACAGGGUAUUUCACGCACUGUAGAGACGAAGACUGUCAUAGAUGAAGAUGGCGGCAAGAAAACUAUUGUUGUUGAAACCAUACACAAGGCCGAUAGCAAACCGAAGUGUUCUGAGCAGUCCCAAGAAGAGUCUGGCGAGGCACUUUUUAAUAAACUUCUUCAUGCCGGCGGCGAUCUUAAGCAAAUAUUCGAUCAACAAACAGGCGAGAGUGUUAUAACGACCACUACCACCGAUCCCGACGGGACUGUCACCACCACAACGACUACAAUUUCGAAUGUGAUAAAAAGUGGCAUUCCGCGAGCAGUGGUAUUGAAAUCAGAAGCGAGUAAAACUCAAGGGACUACGGAUGCGGGGGCAGUUGGCCAUGACAGAGGUGGCCAAUUGCCAUUUGAAACUACGGUAACAACUACAAUGUCCAGCUCAGUAGAAACUGCUGGCAGUAGUAAACAGAGCAAACAACCAAGUAAACAAAAGCGUAAAGGAAAACAGGCAACAAGUAAAUAGACGUAAAAUGAACGAAAACAUUGCUCUCGACACGUAGACGAAAACGCAGCAGCCUUGCACAAAGCACAAAUCGUGCUCACUUACAUAUAUAAAAGUAUACAUAGUUCGUGUAUGUAUGUGCAUACAAAUAUGUAUGUAUGUAUUAAGGUAAUGGCAUGGAAACAAAAUGAUAAAAAGAGACAGACUUAGAAAUAGAGCCAUCCGUUUCGGGGAUUAAAAGUGGUACCAUUGGAAAGCUGGAGUACUCCAAUUUUCAAAUAUACAUACCUACUUUUAGGUGCGGAAGCGUUCUAGUUUUAAAGAUAUUUAGUCUUAAUGUUUUUUACUUGCUUAGUAAAGAACACAAUUUAUUCGUGAAAUCACUUUAAUUGUUUUUGUUUUGUUUUCCAUAGAGAAUCACUUAUAUUUUAUUUAUCCAAUAUUCUUUUAAUUUAACUAUUAUCCUAAAUGGUGGCACGCACAUUGAAGUAAAAAGAAUGUGUUACCAGAUUUUAAAAGCAAACACAAAACAUAAAUGUUAGAGGCGAAUUUCAAUGUAAAAAAAAUACAUUUGCUUUUUAUUUUCUUCGUUUUAUUCGCCGGGAGUUUAACAAUUAUGAGGGACUGGUUUCAUGCCUCCUAAAAGAAAAUGUUUUUACUGGUGUUUUUGGGGAGACCCUGGGCCAGCGUAGCCAAAGUUAUGAGGGUUAUUUUUUUGGAGCGUGUCCGAAAGAAGUUCCGCGCGAACACACUAAUGCUAGUGUAACCGGAUGGUAUAAAUUAUGAAAAUUUCCUAAAAAGGUAAAACAUACAGCUCUUUCGGAAAAAGCGUUAAUACUAAGUAUCGUAUCGUAAAAACGGAUCCGGCAUAUAAAAGUGAGUAUUUCUAAAAAGGAGGCCUCCAGCAUUCCAAUGGUACCAAUUUUAUCCCUCAAAUCGGGGGUAUUUAAAUGAAAGUUUGCCCAACAAAAGAACCGAUAUUUAAUAAUUCCGAAGGCAGAAUAAGUAUAAAUUAUAUCGAUGUGUACGCCAAUUAUGUAAGUGACCUAAUGGGGUGGUAAGUACAAAUACAAAACUCAAAAAGUGCAAUGAGGUCUGAAUAUCUAAUGAUUGAUGAAGCGAUCUCCGUAAAGUGGAUAUAUUUUUUUUUGGAUUCACUAUUAUUAAUAAUAGUCUAAAUUUUUGUAGCAAGAAAAACUUUGAAAAUGUUCUUGUUCAACAAUGCGUUACACAAACAUAUCGAUAUUCAUAUUGAAAUGCAUGUUCAUAUAUAUGUACUACAUACAUUUGCCCUGAAUGUAGUCGCCGAUAAUUUAUGCAGUUUUAUUUACUUUUACUUUUCCAUAAAACAGAUAAUAAUGUUUUUAUUAACAAACAACCACUUGCAUUUAUCAUUUGUAACUAAUAUAGAGGUCAUCAAGUAAUUGUUUUUGUGUCAUUAUGCAUUUAGGUAACGAUACCCAACCGACAUUACAUGUAAAAAUACAUAUAAUUCUCAAAAUCGUCAUGAUUCUUUAAGUUGGUUUAUUUUUUAAAGCAAAG